UCUUUGAAUUCUUUCGCGGAAGGAGGCUUCGCUGCAUGCUUCCAGACGAGAUUUGGCGCCAUUGAUCCGCGAACCCUCACAAAUUUUCCAUCCAGCAAUCUUUGGACGUGAAUAUCAAUGUAUCAAUUCGAUCGUUGUUGUUGAGAGUAACCAUUUGUAAUCAUCAUUAUCUAUCCACCAUGCCGGCAAGCUACAAAAUAGAACUGGCCAAGUCUGGCCGCAGCGGUUGCAAGAAGUGUAGUGAGAAAAUCGACAAGGGUCUUUUGCGCAUUGGAAUCGCCACGGAGGGUCCCGGCGGCUACGACUUGUGCAAAUGGCAUCACAUUGGGUGCUUUGCCUUGCCUCGCAAGCUCGCGAUGUCUGUGGAAGAGUUUGUUGACGAUCUUCUCGAGGACACAUCGGAUGACAAGGAAAUUUUGCCCGACCGAAAGGACGAAAUUGUGACAGCAAUCGAAGAGGCCGGCAAGAAGGGAGCCAAAGGCGGAAAGGGAAAAUCGUCUGGAGACAAAUACAUUGAUUCCCUCAAGGAUGCCUAUGAAGGCCAAAAUCAACCCGACGAAGACGACGGAAAAAAGAAGAAAAAUGGAAAGCGCAAAAAGAGAACUGGCGGUGACGACGAGAAAGAAAAACCAGCCAAAAAGGCCAAGACAGGCGGUGUUUCCGACAAGGAGCUUGAAGUCUACGGCGAGGUCCACAAAAUGAGCGCGGAUGCUCUCAAGGAUAUCCUUCGCUGGAAUCGGCAAAUCCUUAAGGGCAACAAAACGGCUGUGAUGCACAAGGUCAUUGAUGGAGCGGUGAAUGGUCGCAUUGCUCCCUGCGGUGUCUGUGGCGGAAAGCUCAAAAUCGAUGAAACAAACUUCCUCAAGGUGACUUGCAAUGGGAGAUUCGACGAAGACCGCCAGGUGCGAAUCCCUUGCACUACCACCUACAACCUUGAUAAUGUUCCUCGUGCUGAGCCAUGGCACAUGGAGGAGCCAUCGGAAGAGGAAGUGGCGUUUUUGGACCGAGAGGAAGCCGAAGCUCGUGGCGAAGAAGUCGAGGGUGCGCCAGUGGACGAGAACAGUGACCUCGGAAAGCUACUCAAGGAAGGAAAAGACCUUGAGUUGGACUUCUCCAGCAAGGAGAAGACUCGAGCCACGAACAAGAAAGUGAUCGAAAUAUUGCAAGCGAACGGCUCACUGGACCUUCCCGAAGACGAGAAGAAGCUGCGCCAGGAUGUUGGCCAAAUUCUCAUUGCGAUGAAGGAGUCCUCCAAUGACGAGAUUCUCACCAAGUUGGCCAAGGAGUUUGGGUUCACUGCAAAGAAAGCCGCCAAGGCUCAGAAGGCCGAAGCAGCUAUCUCCGAGUCCUGCAAAGUCAGUGCCAACGGCCCCCUUUUGAUGGCAAUCAAAGAACUUUCCAGCCUUUACUUCAAGGAAGGAAACAGCAAUGCUGGAGGUACCUACAACAAGGUUGUUGGUGUCUUGAAAGAUCUUGACUUUGAAGUCACCGUCAAGAACGCCAAGGGACUUGGCAAGGGAAAGACCAAGGUGGCAGGAAUUGGCAAGAAAUCGGCAGAACUCUUUGAAGAGUUUUUGAAGACUGGCACAAUGGAAAAGUUGGAGGAGAAGCGGGCCAACGCAGCCUAAAUCAUCGCACUGCCCCAGACGAGAAACCAAAGCACAAGAAACCAAAGCACCUGGCUCUUUGCUUGGUGAAGAAUGCUGUCGUGACGAAGAAAGUAGACGGUUGCGUAAAGAAAGAUACAUAGUUUAGAAAUAUGAGUGAACCAAUCGGCCGGCGGUGGCGCAGCACGAUGGGUACGUACUUCUGCUUUGGGCCAGCUGCAUCUUCACGUGGAGGCUACAUGGACAGGGCUCUUUCAAAUCACCUGAGUUGAUAGGUUCCUGAAUUGAUGGGUUUUGGUGACUUUUAGUGUCGUGUACUGUACAUUAGUGUAUGUCGCUUAUCCGGACAGAUGAAAAGUCCAGGCUAGCAGGGAUCGAGGCGCCCACAAUAUUCAUCCAGCCAUUGGCUGUUCUUUGACAACUAACUAACUUCAUGGCCGGAUGCACUGGCGAGAUUUGUGGCCAUGAUCUAAGACUCAAAGGUGGUACCGGUACGGUACGGGAACCGGUAUACCACUGUAGAUGUUGCCGGCUCAGAGAAGGUGCUGAAGACA